GAGGAGGAAGACAAAGAGGGGGUGUGAGUGAUAGCAUCUCUGGGGCAAAAUUCUCGAUGGAUCGAUCCUUGCCCUAGAGAGAGCUAGAGGGAUGAUCAAUGGCUUCUCUAUGUAUGCCCUAAACGUCUACUGUAGCAGAGGGGGUGAGUAAGCAGCAAUGGCACAGGAAACCCGGAGAAUUGGAGGGCGAGAGGUUUGUCGCGAGCUUCUUUAGGUAGUGGUUUUUUUUUUGGGGUCUUUUCUUUUUUUUUGCCUUUCUCGUCUGAUCCAUCCACACACGCACCGCGGCUGGGUUGCUUUCGUGUCCGAAUCACAGCAGUCGGGAAUUGAGGAGCAGCCAAUUCGAAUGUCCUGAUUGGGAUUCCCGGAAGAAGGAGGAGGGAUCGAUGGUGGAUCUGUGCGAGAGGAGGAGGGAAAGAGAGAUGGAAUAGCGAUGAGGCAUCCAAAGGAAGAGGACAGGGUAGCCUAUGGUAGAGUGGCGCUUCUCCAUCCUCUCCCUCCCUCUCUCUCUCAAUCUAUUUCUCUCUCUUCUCUCUCAAUGCUCGAGGAGCUUCCGGAAUGUCAAUGCAACUUGCGCUGGAUCGGAGGCAAAUGGGGCAACUAGGCAGCGGCAGCGACGAGGAGGGAUCUAGCGCGAGCGAAUCGAGAGAGCGGGAGUGGUGGGCGAGGGAUUCUUCCAUUUCCUGGCGAGGGGUUUUCUUUUAGAUCGUCUUGCCCGAUCGAUCCGGGGCCAUUCUGGAUCGGGAGCGACGUGGGCGGCGGGGGAUUGGAGGGAUCCGUGGUGGGUUCCCGAGGAUUCGUGGGAAUUCACGAGGUUUGGAUUGGCGGGGAGCCGAGGCGCCCGGGUGGCGACAAGGGGACGUAGGAGUCAGGGGGGAACAGGGGCAGGGCGGGGAAAUAGAAGCAAAGGAUAAACAACGAGCAUAGCUCUAUCUUCUCUUUCGCGCGCGAGGCGAUCUCUCUCCCUUCGCGACCACGAAUCACCUCCUCCUCGAGAGACGUGUCGGUGGAGCUAGUCAAUCCAUAGCCAUAGCUCCAUGAUAUCACGGCUGAGGUAAGACCUCCGAUCCAGCGAGUUUGGCCGAGCACCACGCGACGAUGCCAAUGCUCGCGCCAGCGAUCCGGCGGGGGCUAGCGGUCGUGGGCCUGGGAAGCAAGGAUAGCAGCGGCGGUGGCACGGAGUCGCCAGAGGCGGAUUUGACGCCUCCCGGAUCGUCGGAGCUCAAGCGCAGCCUCCGCAAGGGGCUGGCGGCCGUGGGGCUCGGCCCCAAGGAGCAGGACACCUCGCCAUCGCCGCCCGUCACCUCCGCGCUGCCGCCGCAAGAGGAGAUCCUCAAGCAGCGGAUUUGCGAGCUCGAGGAAUCGCACGCGCGGCUCACCACCGCCUUGAUCCAUGUUAUCAACAACGCGCCGGAGCCCGUGCUCGGCACUCUGGAGCCGGUGCUCGAGACGCUCGAUCCGUCCAUCCUUCCGCCAAAGCAAGCGUCGGGCUCCGACCAAGGGAGCCGCGAGUCGUCCGUCAAGGACGUGGAUUCGCCGGUUCUACUACCGCCGAUCGACACCACCUCCGAGGCCAGCCCGGUGACCGCCCCAGUGGAUUUUAUCACUGUCGAAGGGAGUGGUGGUGGUGGCGGUGGUGGCGGUGGUGGCGGCGGCGGUGGCAGCGGUGGCAAUGAAGGUGGUGCUGGCGGCGAUGGAAGUGAUUUUCUAUCGGCCUCGAGGAAGAUGCUUCCCAAGCACUUUGGCAACGUCUUGCAGUCCAUGGGACAGGCCGUGUACAUCUUCACUCCCUCUGGCGAGGUGACAUACUGGAACCACGCCGCGGAGCUUCUUUUGGGGUGGAGCGAGGCCGAGGCGGUGGGACGCAAGGUGUCCGAGCUCAUUGUGGAGCAGUCGGCUCAGGGGUUCUUGUCGGAGCUGGUUGCGCGGCUAGGGAAUGGCGAGUCGUGGACGGGCCAGUUCCCGCUCAGGAAGAAGAACGGGGAGGUUUUCACCGCCUCGGUCUCGGACAAUCCGUUCUAUGACGACAAUGGUGUGCUCAUGGGCAUCGUCGGCGUGGCCCACGACGUACGUAUGCUCCAGGAGCAGCCGAAUCCACUGGCGGCUCCUCGAGAGAACUGGGAAGAUCUGGAGAAGCAGCACAAAAAAACUCCGUUUCCGUCAUCGGUCUCUCAGUUGGCUUCUAAAGUUAUGUCAAAGUUGCGAGUGAACGACAACAGCGACGAUCGAGAAGGUGGCAGCAAUGGCAGCCAGAAAUCCCACGAAGAAUCGCCCGGUGACAAGAAAAGGCACGACUUCCAGUCUCCGCCAGGGAGCGGGGCAUCGCCAACCAAAUACUCCUCGAGACAGCAGCAGCAGCAGCAGCUCGAUUCGGACGGAAGUCCCCACAGCGAAGAGAACCGCUGGAACGGUGCUCGGAGAGCUCUGAGCAACAAGGCCGAGACGUGGAUGGCGAAGAAAGGAAUAAGCUGGCCGUGGAACUCUCCUCCGGAUUACAGUGACUCGUCGGACUCAAGCGUGAAGAAGAACAACAUCAUCUGGCGACUCGUGAAAAAGCCGAGAGAUCAUGAAAGCGGAGAGAACAGACCGAGGUUCGGGCAUAGCCACAGCACCCCACCCAGGCUCUACAACGCCGGCAGCCAUGAUCCGGAGGAGUUCGUCGGAAGUGGUGCCAGUGGACAAAGCAGCGAGUCGAGCUUUCAAAGUUUGAACCAUUCGGGAGUGGAGGACGCGGAGGAGAUUCGCUGGGAGGAGCUCACGAUCCGCGAGCUGAUCGGACAGGGCUCCUGUGGAUCCGUGUACCGUGGAAUGUGGUGUGGAUCUGAUGUCGCUGUCAAGGUUUUCUCCGAGCGUGGAUUUUCUCCAGCUCUUCUGGAUGAUUUCCGCAAGGAGGUGGCGAUCAUGAGGAAAGUCCGCCACCCGAAUGUGCUGCUGUUCAUGGGAGCCGUGGCGACGCCGGACAAUCUCUGCAUUGUCACCGAGUUUCUUCCUCGUGGAAGUUUGUUUCGCUUGUUGCAUCGGAAAACUCCUGGAUUGGAUCUGAGGCGCCGACUGAGAAUGGCUUUAGACAUUGCACGAGGAAUGAAUUAUCUUCACCACUGCAAGCCUCCAAUCGUUCACCGCGAUCUCAAGUCCUCGAACCUCCUCGUGGACAAAGAUUGGACCGUCAAGGUGGGGGACUUUGGUCUUUCGAGGCUCAAGCAUGCAACGCUCUUGACAACAAAGUCAGGACGCGGGACUCCACAAUGGAUGGCGCCGGAAGUGCUGAGAAACGAGCCUUCUGACGAGAGAGCCGACGUCUACAGCUUUGGCGUGAUUGUAUGGGAGCUCGCCACGGAACAAGUUCCCUGGGACGGAAUGAAUCCCAUGCAAGUUGUGGGAGCUGUGGGAUUCAUGAACCAACGAUUGACAAUCCCUCCAAACACAGACCCGGGAUUGACUGCUCUCAUGGAACAAUGCUGGCAAAGCGAUCCCAAAGCGCGACCCUCUUUCGAGGAGAUCAUCGCCAAGAUCCGCGAAUUGCUAGCACAAAUAGCGGGAUCGGCAUCGAAGUCACAGUCGAAUGCUAGCGAAGAAUCGGCCGCACAGAGUUGAGAGAAGAAGCGCUUGUGUAUAGCUAAAAGCUGUAUAUUUGAUAUGCUUUUUGGUGUCAUAUUCUUUCGUUAAAACCUCUUAACAACAGGGAGCUUUAGGGCU